CCCAUUACAAAUCCUGAUUACUCUUCUCUUGGUUUAAUCAGUGCAAGCUUAUUGAACAAAGCAAGAAGUUAUUAUGGAGAAAGUCGUUAUCUAUUAUUUUUGACUCAACACUAUUCUUCACUUCAAGUUUUAAAGCAUUAUAUUGUGAAAAAGUGCUUGCAGGAUUUCAAAGCCUCACAGUCCUCACCAGAAGGCAGUAGUCAACAAGCUGAGCCAUUUGUUUUGUUUGGUAGCAGCUUUCCCAAAGACAAAGAGUUUGCUCAGGUUUGCAGAAACAUUAGUGAAAUUAGGCUGUGUAUGAAAAAUGGUCGUAUGGUCAUACUUCUGAACUUGGAAAAUUUGUAUGAGAGCUUGUAUGAUGUCCUUAAUCAAUAUUACAUCAAAAGUGGAGGACACAGAUAUGUUGACUUAGGUCUCAGAAGUAACAGAACGAAAUGUACUGUUCACCCCAACUUUAAGCUAGUAUUAAUUGCAGAGAGGGAACGAGUAUAUCAAGAAUUCCCAACUCCUCUUAUUAAUAGACUUGAAAAGCAUUUUGUUGAUGCUACAACAGUGUUACAACCAUGGCAGAAAGAUGUUUGUAAUCAGUUAGACACCUGGAUCGAAACCUUUCUUACUGAAAAGUACUGUCAUGCAAAAAUGGGUCCCAUCAAAAAAAGAUCCCCCCAGAUCAAAUUUGGCUGCCAAAACCUGUCCUCGGACAGGUUUUGGCUGCCAAAUUUGAUCCUACUAGGACUAUUUUGGGCUGCUAAAACUAGUCCCUACCUGCCAAAAGAAGUCCUAUGGGGGGAACAUAAAUGGCAAACCAUAGUAUGUCCCCCUGGACUACAUUUUGUCUGCCAAAAGUGGUCCUAUCAAAUUUGAAAGCCAACAAUUGGUUGGUUCACAAGACUGUAAUGGCUC